AUGCUGGCGACGAGCCAACCCGAGGCGUUGACACUCGUGAGAGGCGCACUUUGCAACGGCAAGAGCCGGAUUGCUCUGAACAUGUCGUGUGUGCGUCGCAGCGUUCAGGCAACUACCGCUUGGCGAAGCCGAGAAAGACGUUGCGGCGGGAUUCUGGCGUCCGCAAGCGUUCGGGUCGGGCAGCAGGCCGAAAUGGACAAUGGAGACUGUUGGGAACUUGAGUUCAGUCCAGUAGAGACGGGCCUCCCUCCGCCAAAUGAUCGCAAUUACCAGGACAACUCGACGCAUCCCAGAUAG